AUGACAUCGAAGGAGGAAGUAAAUUUUGACAGUGUUUUCAAUGCACUUGGGUGGAAUGGCAGAUAUCAAAUUGUCCAAGUUGGUCUUGUGUUAUUGUCGUCUUUACCUUUCGCAUUUCAUAUUAUGAGCAUCAUAUUCAUAGGAUCUCAUGUUCCAAGUCAGUGUAAGGAGCUCAACGAUACGUCUGUGGUGAAGGACCUUGUGUGCCACGCAGAUCUGUCGGACUUCAACAUCACGUACCACGAAUGUGGAAUCAGCAUUACUUCCAACAAGGCGGAUAGUGGGGACAGAAUAGAACUCUCAUGCAUCGAGGGUUAUCGGUAUGAAAAGCCAAGAGAACUGUCUCUUGUAUCUGAGUGGGAUGUAGUCUGUGAGAAGGAAGGCCUGAGCGAUCUACUGCAGACCCUUUACAUGUUUGGCACGGGAAUCGGAGCAAUCCUGUUCACAGUUGUAGCUGACCGUUUCGGACGCAAGUUCUCCAAUGUGGUGGCUGGAGUGUCCUUUCUUGUGGUCGGCACGGGCAUGGCAUUUAUACCCACAUUUGUCCCGUUUGCAGUGUUAAGAGUUCUUCAAGGAGCAACACAGAUGGUAGGCUAUAUUGUAUGUGCUGCAACUCAGAUUGGGAGGGAGGGUGACCCACAGGGAUAG